GGGUUUUUUUUUUUUUUUAAUCAUUUUACUACAAUGGAAGGGUCUAGCGGGUCGGAUUUUGGAAUAGACACUAUUUUAUCCAACAACAACACCAGCACCAGCAGCCCCGCACUAAUGAACGGAGAGUUUUGUCUCAGUGACAGCAGGACCGCGGAAUUUAGAACCCAGGCCACUCCAUCACCAUGUUCGGACAUAGAUACGGUGGGGACAGCCCCUUCUUCCCCUAUUUCGGUCACCAUGGAGCAUUCCGAACAGCAUCUGGUGCAAGACAGCAUUCAGCAUCACCGCCACCAUCACAGUCAGCACCAAAGUUUGCAGCUAUCGCCUCAGCCUGCACAGCAGAUAGGGGCAGCCGGCUCUGCCCCGAGGACAGCCACCUCUUCCUUUCUAAUCAAAGACAUUUUGGGCGACAGCAAACCCCUAGCAGCUUGUGCACCUUACAGCACCAGCGUCUCCUCGCCCCAUCACACCCCGAAAGCAGACGGCAUCGCAGCAACAGAAAGCUUCAGGCCAAAAUUAGAGCAAGAUGAAAGUAAAUGCAGGUUAGACAAACGAGACGACAUCCAGAGCGACAUGAAAUGCAACAACGGAACGAAAGAAGAGAGUGAUCGGGAGAUCACGAGUAGCAGAGACAGUCCCUCGGUUCGUUCCAAGAAGCCUCGCAAAGCGCGCACAGCCUUUUCAGAUCAUCAGCUUAAUCAGCUUGAGCGCAGCUUCGAGCGCCAGAAAUACCUGAGCGUGCAGGAUCGAAUGGACCUGGCAGCAGCGCUUAAUCUGACGGAUACCCAGGUCAAAACCUGGUACCAAAACAGGAGGACGAAGUGGAAAAGACAGACCGCUGUAGGACUAGAGCUGCUGGCUGAAGCGGGAAAUUAUUCAGCUCUACAAAGAAUGUUCCCGUCUCCUUAUUUCUAUCACCCGAGCUUGUUAGGCACUAUGGACAGCACGACAGCAGCCGCCGCAGCGGCCGCCAUGUACAGCAGCAUGUACCGGACUCCCCCGGCGCCUCACCCCGGUCUACAGAGGCCUUUGGUCCCCAGGGUUCUCAUCCACGGUCUCGGGCCGGGGGGGCAACCUGCCCUAAACCCUCUGGCUAACCCCAUCUCUGGCGCUCCACACCCCCGGUAAAAGAACAGAAAUAACAAAAACACAAAACAGGAGAAACUGAAAAUACAC